AUGCACCAAGUAAAUAGAACUGAUUCAAGUUCAACCAACCAGUUACUGCCUCUUUAUCUUGACAAGUUUGUUGCACAAAUUAUCAGAUCCUUUGGGUGGCAGGCUGUUGCUCCUGAAUGCUUGUCUUUGCUCACUGAUUUAGCAAAAGAUCUGAUUCUCAAGAUUGGAACUAAAGCAUCAGUCUUCGCUCAUCAUGCUGGAAGAGCCACACCCUCCUUCUACGAUGUGCAGUGCAGUAUUUCUGAGUGUGGAAUUGACGUUAGGAAUAUUCACCUCACCAGAACACUACCAAGGGUGCCUAGUGUGGUGAAUAAACCACCUGAAAAACCACCCACUAUUUUGAAGAUAACAAAACCUCUACCACAGCCCUCCUAUAUACCAGAUCAUUUGAACCACGAUUUUCCUCAGCCACACACCUACAUAAAGACACCAACUUACUCAAUGCCAGUUUCAUCUUACUCAAGUUUGCGGGAGGCUCGGGCCCGGCAGAGAAAUGAAGUGUUGAACAGUUUGAGCAGACAAGUUGUAAACUCCUGCACUUCUAUUCAGCUCAUACCCGGUCUAGAGGACUGUGCUUGGGCCACUCCUGAAACUAUAGACUCUUUAGACUACCUCAUCACUCAUCAGGACGAUUUCAAAAUGAAGAAGAAAAAACGUAGAGUUCAGUCUAACAAUAUAUACCUCCAGCCUCCUAAAUGCUCGUGGGCUGGGUUAUUUACCUCUUGA